CAAUAUAGCUUCCGUCUUAUGUUUGACAGAUCUGUAUUAUAUAAACAAUUACUGCAAAGUGCAUAAUAUAGGUAAACGCAUUUAUGUAGAAUAUGAAAUGAAUUGUGAGGUGUCGGAUUACAAUGUUAUAUCAAUGAACAGUUUUACAGAGAAUUACGCUGUCUGGCCAUAUGUGAUUGAAAAAAGAAGCAAACAAACAUGGUGAACCAGUUCCUAGGAAUUUAUGGGGAAGUUACAUAGGAUUAUUGUUCUCAGGCGUAUGCAAAAUAUAUAACUCUGUUUGUUAUACCUGAACAUAUUCUACGACGAUACAGCAGAAAGGAUGUCUGGGUGCAACUCUAAACUAGCAGAUCCAAUGUUUAUCAACUGGAUAAAAGCACGUAUUGCCUCAAAUACCGUUAAAGAAUGCAUUGAGGUUAUUGUAGAUAAAGAAAUUAACAUAUUUCUGAGAGAUGUUCUUAACGCUAUAGCAACCAAACAGCAGAUUGAAAAUGAUGACUUAUGUUACGAAUGUACACUAGAGAACGUAUUACCAUGCAGAACGAAUAAUUUCUGUGAAGUAAGACAGGGUCGCUGUUUUUCCCACAAUUCGAAGGAAAAGAAUUUUCAACCGUGCCCCAAAAACAUCUGUAAUCGUAUUCAAGAGAAAAUAAGACAAAGCCAUAGAUUCAACAAACCUUCAUGGAGAAAUACAGACGCACAGGAGUGGUGUAAAAACCCAUGGGAGAUAGCAAAGUGUUUCAUGCCGCCUGAUGGAUAUUUUGAUAAAACCAGUGUAGGCGAAACAGACUUAAACGGGAUACUCAGUGUGAUGUUAAACCAUUCAGGGUUUAAGAAUAUCAUUGACAAAGAUAUUUGUAUCAAGGUAAGAGAGUAUGGAAAUGAUAUUAGACAUUCUGCAAAUCUGCAUGUAAGCAGCAAAUCGUUAAAAGUUUAUCUCAACACACUUGUUGAAUUUCUAAAAAGUUCCAGUACCUUGCAAAAUGAUGCGAAGGCGAAACAGGCUGUUCAAGCUAUACAAAAGAUACAAAAUGAAGAACUUUCUAUUUCAAAUGGUGAUAUCACAAAGGUUUUAGAAAAAUCAGUCGAAGAGGAAACGAAACGAUCAACUGCAGAAAUAGCAAAAGAAACUAAAACUAGAAUACAGGCUUUAAAAGAAGCACUAGAAGAAGUAAAAAACGAAAUCCGAAUUGCAGAACAAACAACCAUUGGAAAUAUAAACGCUGCAGCAUCAACAAUUAUAUCAGCCGGCAUAGACAAAAUAGAGAGUUCAAAGCUUGAUGCACUUGCUCAAAUAGAAGCUUCUAAGAAACAAACCACUGGUCAGAGUGAACUCAGCUAUGAACAACGCAUGGACAUGCUCAAGAAUGACCUUCUGGACUUUAAUUUCCAGAAGCAUAGCGCAAUUCCGAUAACGCCCGUAUUUGAAGAAACUGAUGUGCUUAUCACUGAAUUCUACGUGCGGCCGGAACUAAUUUCUAUCGAACGACAAAGUUUUGGAUUGCUAGGAUCAGAAAUAAGAACUCCCUUGGCUGACUUAAACAAGAUGUUUUACAAAGAAAAGAAGAGAAACAAUGAAAUUUAUUUAACAUCUGAUGCCGGCUUCGGAAAAACUUCGUUCAGCAAAUUUCUUGUAAUAACAUGGUGCUAUGCGCACUCGGAUGAACUAACCAGUCAAUAUUUUUGCGAUAAAGAUUUACAUCUCAUGAGAGAGUUUGAUCUUGUAUUCUUAAUUCAAUUGCGAGACGUGAGUAUUGAAUGUGAUGUUGAUGAUAUGAUCAUUGAACAUAUUAUUAAACAACUAUCUCGUCCUUCACACAUUGAUCUUCCGUUUCUGCAAAACGUACUGCAUCAAGAAAACUGUUUGAUAAUCCUUGAUGGUUUAGACGAAUGGUUGCAUCCUUCCGGGUCAUCAUGUCAUGCAAAAUUGAAUAGUAUCCCACAUAGGAAAGUAAGACGGAAGUGCACAGUUUUAACCACUACUAGGCCUUGGAAGCUCGGCAUUAUCAAUAUCAAAGCAAGUCAGAUUGAUAAGCGUGUAGAACUGUGUGGACUUAGCGAGGCUAACAUCGGUCGGCUUAAGGACAUGGCGAUUUCAAAGUUGUUAGGAGACUAUGUUGACAGAAAAGCAGCCACUGGUAAUUUUAAUGCAGAAAUAAAAGACAAAGAACUAGCAAAUCUUGAAUCCAAUCCUACACUUCUCAUGUAUAUAAUAUGUUUAUGGUGUGAGGGAAAACCUCUUGGAAAAUCCAAAUCUGAGCUUUACAGUCAAAUUGUUGAGCUUUUGUUAAAUCGUGCCGAGCAAAAAUCGAAAUUAAAAUCCGUCAGAGAUAUGGAAACUGAAAAUCUAGCUUUGAAUGCCAAUGAUCAGGACGAGAUUCCGUGGUGCUUAAAAGGACAUGAUUUAUGCUUACAGUACUAUCAGUUAUUCAAAGCGCUUGGACAUUUAGCUUUUGACUCACUGUUUGAUAAAUCAAGAUCAAAUACUCUUGUGUUUGACAAAACUAAAGCCGAUGGAUUUUUGUCAAAAGAAUGUUUGCGUGUUAGUCUUGACUCGGGCAUGUUAACGGAAACUGAAAACCUAGGGUCCCUUUUAGUUAAGAAAUGUAAAAUAUCGUUUUGUCAUAAAACUGUGCAAGAAUAUUUGGCUGCAUUAUAUAUGCAAGCGACAAAAGAAGGAGAUGACAUAGUUAAGAAAACGCUGAAUAUUUGUAAGUCUAUUGAUAGUUUACUUGAAAUGUCUAGUGUGUUUGUGUUUUUGAGUGGCCUUAACUAUAAAACUUUUGAAUGUUUAUCAGACAAACUGGCAAUUAUAGUAAAUAAAGAUGAAAGUAUACAGAAAUACAGACAUGGGUGUAUUAGUUCAACCUCUAACUACAGUUUUGUAGUUAAACCACUUAAAGACAUUCAAAAUAUGUACAUAAAUUGCAUGAAGGAAAUUCAAAUGCAAAAUCAUGAAAAAUUGAGACUGUGUUUGCAGGAUAUAUUUAUUGAUGAAGAUUUCUCUAAAGAAGCAUACAGAUCGAAUUUGAUGAAAUUAAAGGUAAUGAACGAAGGAUCAGUAAAGUCAAUUAGUAUUAGAACAGAAGGCAUUACAAACUUGGGUGAAAUUAUUGAAACCUUUCAGCUUAGUAAAGAUACUUCUCUUGAUAAAAUAAACUUUAGGGGAGAGUGUUCUAGCAAUGAUAUUCAAAGUCUGUUAUCUGGGGCGGCUGAUAAUUUGAAAUGUGUUGAAGUAUUAUCAAGUGAAUGGCUGGGCAAUACAUUUGCACUGAAAUACGUACCCUGGACAGAUGCAAUAUCAAACACAUUUCAAAGGAUGCACCAGUUAGAAGCUUUGCACUUGUAUGCCUUUGUUAUGAACCACGCGCAGCUGAAUGAGAUGAUGACGUAUAUAGUACAAAGAACUAAGAUGAAAGACAUAGCACUACUGAAUCUAAAAUGCCGUGAUCACAACAGUGCGUGUAGUGGCUACCAACUUGACUUAUCUAGACAUGAAAGUCUAAGAUUGUUGUCACUCGAUAAUCUGCCUAUUUCACAUUUGUCAGUGAAUGUGUCUGUCUUGGAAGAAAGUGUAGUCGGACGACUAUCAAGUUCAAGCGUUUUAUCAUCAUUCCUGACAGCGCUGGAAACAGCAACGCGAGUGCGCAGAUUUACUUGCAGAAAUUUCAACUCAACAAAUCAAAUAGACGAAAUGGUCAACAUAAUGGGCGAAAUGUCUCAUUUAAGAUAUGUUGGGAUAUUAUAUAUUGAUUUCGGUGAAAGAGAACACCUUCUUUCUAGUAAAAUGUCAAAUAUUGAACUAGUACGCUUAGUAGAAGCGACAAUGAAAUGUUGUUUACUGCGCAAUCUUGUGAAGAUAAUUAAAACAUUCAAACAGUCAGUUACUAUAGUGUUGUUCAACUGUAAUGUGACCACUGAGGACGAGUAUGAGAUAGUGAAAAAGGAAAUAAAAGCAGACGAACUCAUUUUGGUUCUGUUUGAUGGCGUACUUAAAUCGCAAAGUAAACAAUAUAGUUUUAAAUCUAUACCUAACGAUCAACCAUGAAAUGUCCCUAGGAUAUGCAGGAUAGACACACGAAAGAGCAACACUUAGGAAUUUUUAGUUUUUUUAACACUUAAGAUAUAUAUUUAAGAAGUAAAAAACUGUAUAAAAUUAGAUCAUACUAUUACAAACCAACUGAUUUAUUAUUUGCAUACGCAAACAAUUGUAUUGUAAAACCUUUAAUAAUAAAGAAUUUAGAUCGCUGA